UGGGCGGGUUUAACUGCUCGGAAGCGGAAGCCUCGUUCUUUUUCCGUUCUCUUCGGUUCUUACCGCUGUGCGGUCGCCAGCGCCGAGCCCGUCACCAUGCCUCGGAAAAUUGAGGAAAUAAAGGACUUUCUGCUCACAGCCCGGCGGAAGGAUGCCAAAUCUGUGAAGAUCAAGAAGAACAAGGAUAAUGUGAAGUUCAAGGUUCGCUGCAGCAGGUACCUUUACACCCUGGUUAUCACAGACAAGGAGAAGGCAGAGAAGCUGAAGCAGUCCCUACCCCCUGGUUUGGCAGUGAAGGAGCUGAAAUGAACCAGUCCUGCAUUUAACUAUUAAAAAUUCUGGAAAGUC